AUGCUCCUCGUAUACCAGGUCGGCAGUGUCAAGAUCGGAGAGGUCGUCCGCUACACCGUCACCUACACACCCUCCCAGGACCGAAUCCUGCCCUCGCCCGAACGCCUCUACUUGCGCGUCCGCAACACCUCCGCCAUCGCCCUGCGCGCCGCCUUCGUCCACGGCCCGUACACGCUGGGCGCCGCCGCCUACCCGUCCAACUUCAACCCCAACGUCAAGUUUGCGAACCCCCGCCGCUAUGGCGUUCCCGAAUUCGAACCCAUGCUCAAGGCCGGCGGCUCGUGGGAGUGCGAGCUGAUCGUGCCGGAGCACAUAAGGCAGAGCGCGGGCACCGGAGGCGGCGGACACUUCGGCGGCGGGGCACCCGGGGAGACCGAGACCGAGAGCGCCUCGUGGAUCGUCGAGGUGUCAUCGCAGGUCAUCUUCUCCACCUCGGCCGCCGUCGGGUACGAGGUUACGAUAGCGAGGGACGCGAAGUCGCUCAACCUCAGUUCGUCGCUGCCCGUCAUCGGGGGCCAGGCGCAGGUCCCGCAGCCCGGCAAGGUCGCCGACCACCAGCAGAGCAUGGGUGCCAAGGACGGCCAUCAUCCGGCGCAGCCGAAGGGCGUCUUCUCCAAGGCGAUACGGCUCAAGGUGGAGGACACAGCCGCAUUGUGGAACACCCCGAGGCUUCCGGGCUGGGACGAUCUCAAUAUUGACCGCCUCAAGAGCCGCGCGAAAAAAGACCAGGCUGUGGAGAGCGUCGUCACCCAGGAAAGACCGGCAGAGGAAAAGCCCGAGAUCAAGCAGAAAAAGGUGCACCUGGUUGUCAUCACCCAUGGCCUGCACAGCAACCUGGGCGCUGAUAUGCUGUACCUGAAAGAGAGCAUUGAUCAGACCGUAGCACAGGCAAAGAUUGAUGCCAAGGCCCGGCGUGCCAAGGAGCGCGCUGAGAGGAAUGUCACUGAUGACAAGGGUAGCUCUGACGAAGCCAAGGCCAAUGUCAAAGUCAACGACAAGGCCCAAGAUGACAGCCCUGCAGAAGACGAUGGGGACGAUGAAGAGGUCAUUGUGCGUGGCUUCUCGGGCAACGCGACAAAGACUGAAAGGGGUAUCAAGUAUCUGGGUAAGAGACUGGCUAGGUACAUCCUAUCCAUGUCGUACCCCGACCAGCCAUUCCUGCCGUCCAGGAAGGGACAUGCAGAGUCCGCCGUCUCUGCCGUUUUCAACAAGCCGGAAUCAGACAGCGGCAAGGCAGCCCACAAACACAGCACGAUACAUGAAAGGGUAUCAGACGAGAAGCGUCCGUUCAAGAUCACCAGCAUCAGUUUCAUCGGGCACUCCCUGGGUGGUCUGAUACAAACGUACGCGGUUGCUUAUAUACAAAAACACUCGCCAGACUUUUUCAACAUUAUUAAACCAAUCAACUUUGUCGCCCUUGCCACACCCUUUCUCGGCCUCAGCAACGAAAACCCCCUGUAUGUCAAGUUCGCCCUGGACUUUGGCCUGGUCGGCAGGACGGGUCAGGAUCUCGGUCUCACGUGGCGAGCGCCCACCAUUGCGAGGAGCGGGUGGGGAGCCAUCGUCAGCAACCUCGGCGAGAGCGCACACAAGAGGGUCAUGGGCGAAGUGCAGCCCGAGUCGAAGCCUCUUUUACGGAUCCUGCCGACGGGUCCCGCGCACACGGCGCUCAAGAAGUUCCGCAACCGAACGGUCUACUCCAACGUUGUCAACGACGGCAUCGUGCCGCUGAGGACCAGCUGUCUUUUGUUCCUGGACUGGCAAGGACUGGGACGCGUGGAAAAGGCGCGACGGGAGGCUGGCUUGGUCGAGACACUGGUAGGAGCUGGCUGGGCCGAACUCACUGGCGGCAGUCUGGCACCGACACCCCGGAGAUCGAGUGCAUUCCUUACCCCAGACGAGGGAGAGACGUCGGACGACCACUCUGGCAACAUCACGCCGACGGCGCCGACGGAUGCCGUCGAGGUGCCACAGCCAUCACGCAAUGCCAUGGUGGAAGAUGACCGAGUGAGUCUGCGGUCGGUGCCGACUCCGUUCAACGAGAGCGGCCCCGAGGGUGCCAAGGACUCAAACAGCGGUCCAUUUGCCGGCUUCUUUUCCCUGUUCAAGGGCAGCGAGCAGACGCAGGCCAAGACGCAACCAAAGACACCCAGCAUGUCCAACAAGCAGAACAAAAUCUACAAGCGCAGUCAGACGAUCAACUUUGACGAGAUCCCACAGACGUCCGGAACCAACAACAACAAGGUCACUGCCGGCCACGAGAUGGAGCGGGACCAACAACACGUCGCACCGCCGAGGACAAGCUUCUUCGAGUCCGCGCACGAUAUUAUCAACCCCAAAAUCCCGACUACGGAGUACCUCAUCGACCCUUCCAAGCGUCCUAGGGCAAUCUUUCAUGACCGCGUCUAUCACCCGAGUGACAUACCGCCUCCGCCGCUGAAGAAGAAACCCACCGGAUCCCUGGCGUCUCGGAGAAGCACGUUCCGACGGGCCGCUUCGACGGGGUCUGGCGGUUCGAGGACUAGUACGGACUCGUCCCCCCACCCGUCGCAGCGCUUCUCACACGAGGGCACCAUGGACUCCACGCGGGACUACGACGACACGGUCAAUACGAACCCCGACAAGGGCCCCGACGAGGAAAUUGACGGGUCGCAGAUGCGGGUCGAGGAGAAGAUUGCCCGAGCCUACCACCGCGGUUUGGCAUGGCGAAAGGUUCUCGUCAAGCUGGAACCCGACGCGCACAACAACAUUAUCGUGCGCAGGAUGUUUGCCAACGCCUACGGCUGGCCGGUUGUGAAGCACCUGGUCGAUGCCCACUUUAGCGAUUCCGCCACGGCGAGAACACGCGACGAGGACGAGGGCUCCGGCGAGCUUGCGUUAGAUAUGGAACAGCCACCCAACAAGUACGGUGACGAGGUCAGAGACAGCGGUGUUGGGUCAACUGGCGACGACGGAUCGGACGAAAGGCCUAUCGCGGGCCUCUUGUCUCCCAACUCGCAGCGUGAAGCGGAAGACCGCGUUCCAGACAUGCAAGCGCAGCCUAAACGACGGUCGUCCUCGCGCAGCUCGUCGGCCAGCCCGCCCAGGAUCACUCGGUCGUCGAGGGCGCCGCGCCCCGAGAGAGUCGACUCCAUGACGUGGAGUGACCGGGACUGGGCGGAUGAUAGCGACGACAGCGAGACGACUGCGACAACUGCUAGUGUCAAGAGUCCCACGUCUGCGGAGUUUAAGGAUAAGGAGGGUAACCGGUCGUCGACGCCGCUCGGCGGGUGGAAUUGGACGGAGAAGAUUGUGGGUAGAGGGGGAUCGAGUCGGAAAACGUCGCCCAAGCCGGAGACCAAACCGGAAAUCAAGCCGGAAACCAAGACGGACGCCAAGCCGGACACUAAGCCGGACAUCAAGCCUAACACCCACCUGGACACAAAAUCUGAUGUCAAGAGUGACGCCAAGAGUGAUGUCAAGAGCGAUGACGGCGGCGUGGAUUAA